UCCAGUAAACAACUCGGAUAACCAAGAUGGACGCCUCCAGGAAAACGUUUGUUGUGCUUGCUCUGUCGGAAUACAGAGAACUAAUGCAUCAAUAUGAGGUCCACCUCAAGAAUAUUGAAGAAGAUAGAAGACACAGAAGGUUACUGAUAUCAGCUCUACUGCGGGCAAAACAGCGAGCCAUCCUGAAGACUGGAACUGAGUGGGAGGUCAUGCUGAACAUGGAUGACUACACUUUUGCACGCCAUUUCCGAGUCACCAAGCCACAGUUUGAAUAUCUCCAGAUGAAGUUGCAGGAGAACGGCAUAAAAAAAGAACACAGUCAAGGUCUACCACCAGUGCCUGUGACAAAGAAGGUGCUGAUGUUCCUGUGGUACAUGGCCAACCAAAACAGCUUUAGGGAGAUUUCAGACAGGUUUGAUGUGUCACAGUCGUCAGCACACAGGAUCAUUCUAGAAGUGCUCCACAUCAUGUCUACAAUGGGACAAACCUUCAUCUCCUGGCCAAACACUUGUGAGAAAGCAGCAUCUGCUGCUGCUUUCCACCGGCUCUGUGGCCUCAGUGGCCUCAGUGGCAUCAUCGGUGCAAUCGAUGGGUGCCACAUAAGGGUGCAGAGGCCACAUAUAAGAGGAGGAGACUGUGCCUAAUGUAUGUAUGUGGGCCCAACUUUGCCAUAUCUGGGUACAACUGAUAAUUUUCUUUAUGGAUUAAUCUGCUGAUUAUUUUCUCAAGUAAUUGAUUGCUGCUGUUAUGAGUGUUUGUACAGCCUGUGUGUACCAGUAAAAAAGUUUUUUCCUCAA